AUGACAUCCUUCGAGACCUUCGUUCAACUCAUCAAAGGCGAUAUCAUUACCCCUUCUCACAGCGAGUACUCGGCAUCAAUCGCUCGCUGGGCGAAGAACGCUGAGCGCAAGGCGAGGUUGGUUAUAUACGUCAAAGACGCGGAAGACAUAGCAACUUGCAUCGCCUACGCCAGAGAGCACAAGCUCUUAUUUGCGAUUCGUGGAGGAGGGCACAGUCCCUCAGGCUGUUCUUCUGCAGAGGACGGAAUGGUCGUCGAUCUAUCGCGGUAUCUUGCAGGAGUGCGCGUCGACCCAGAGAGAAGGCUCGCGUACGUCGGCGGAGGGGCCAUCUGGAAGACAGUUGACGAAGCUGCCAUCGAAUACGGUCUGGCCACCGUUGGUGGAACGGAUAAUACAACUGGAGUUGGAGGGCUCACUCUUGGUGGAGGCUAUGGAUAUCUUAGCGGACGGCACGGUUUAACCAUCGACAAUUUGGAGCAGGUUACACUAGUACUAGCAGAUGGAUCCGUCUCUGUCGGGAAUGAGGUGGAGAACCCUGACCUCUUCUGGGCCAUCCGAGGAGGAGGUUCCAACUUUGGGGUGGCAACCGAACUCGUUCUUCGGUUGCAUCCUCAGAGACGGACCGUCUUUGCGGGAUUAGCUACCUUCCCUGGCCAUAGGCUAGGACAGUUAAUUGGGACAACGAAACGAUGGUUGAAGACAAUCCACGAGGAUGAGGUCGUUUUCCAAAUGUGGAGGACUGACAAGACCGGUCCCAUCGUAGACAAAGCGAAAGAAAUCCCUUACGAGGAACUGAACGCGAUCAUACCUUCAAUGGUUCCCCAUGGAAAAGGUCGCUAUCUUCGAGCCAUUGGACACAAGGAACCCGACCUGGCCAGCACAGCCCAUCUCUUCGCUAAGAUCCUUCAAGUUACGAAGUCAUCAGAAAUCCAUAUCAUGCCUUUGCAUGAAUACCGCUCAACUGCAAAGAUCAAUUCCGUGCCCAUGGAUUGUAUGGCAUUCCGGAGGACACGCACUAACAGCAUCCUCUUCAUAACAACAUGGGACCAGCUGAUCGAGGACCAAGCCGAGUUGACGAACAAGGCCAGGCAAUUGAUCACUGAAGUAGUCGAUGAGUGCUACAUACCCAAGAAACUCGAAACUAGGUCGCCGGGGGAAGUGGAUCCCGUCGGGUACUCAAAUGCAGGUGAGAGUAAGAGAGCCGUCCCGUAUCGACUGAACGCUGAAGAGUACUUUCCUCGGUCAGAAAUGGUUCACGAGAACGGGAAUAUAGAGCGGGCCCGCGCUGUAUUUGGAUCCAAUUUGCCCAGGCUUCAAGAAUUGAAGAAACGGUACGACCCCGAGGCGUUCUUCAAUCGUUGGUGCCCUAUACCGCUUCCCUAG